AUGGCAGCGUCGCAAGUGGAGCUGCGCCAGCUUUUAGCGGCGUCCUUGCAUUUGGCGACGCGGGCGGGACAGGUGAUUCGUGAUGUGGCUCGCGGUGGGCAGCUUCACGCGGUGGACAAGGCCCUGGACGAGGGGCACGAGGGCACGGCGGAAGAGCCGAGCCAGUGCGAAGAUCCACAGACCAUGGCUGACCGACGGGCGCAAACCUUGAUCGUCGGAUCGCUGCAGCAGGCUUGGCCAGAAUUGCAGAUUGUGGGUGAAGAGGAAGGCAUCAUUACGAGUCCCGACGACCCCAAGGAUCUGGUCCAAGUACCUUCCACUGAGCAUCCCGACCUCGAGGGCAAGCCCUGGCCCGCAGAACUGGCCAAACCCGUCGAUAUGCAGCGUGUGACAGUGUUUGUCGAUCCUCUGGACGCCACCCGCGAGUUUACCCGCCGCGUUUACGAAGCCGUGACAGUCCUCAUUGGCAUCUGUCUGGAUGGUCAGCCUGUGGCGGGCGUUAUCGGCCAGCCGUUCAAGACCUCGCGUGUCGGUGAGGCCUCGGUCGACUCUCCAGGCCGCAUUAUCUACGGCGCUGUUGGCCUCGGCGUCUAUGGCCACGAUCCCGCUCCCUCCAUGCCCACAGAUGCACAGCGCCUGCGCGUGGCCAUAACCGCAUCUCGUCUCGAUGGCGAAUUGCAAGCGGCGCUCGAUGCCCUGCAGCCCGAUACCAUUCUGCGGGCGGGCGGCACGGGAAACAAAAUGCUUUUAGUGUUGGAGAACCAAGCCGAUCUAUAUUUGACCACAGGCGCAGGCACCAAGCGAUGGGACACUGCUCCAGGCGAAGCUAUGUUUCGAGCCCUCAAGGGCGUUGUUACGAACCGAAAUGGGGAGCCGUAUGACUAUCCGUUCGCCAAGCAUCAUUUAUUGCACAACACCAAGGGUGUUCUGGGCACACUGCGCCCAGAGCUUCUGCCCGUCGCUGUGCGCUGUGCCGGCCUCGACGAUCGCACGGCGGACAUUACCAAAACCCCGUCUGGUGAACCCAUCACUGUGGCAUGGAUUCGGGAAAACCUGCAGCAUCCCAAGGCAAAAGCUUGCAUUGGCUUCUAUGCACCAGAGGCCACGGCUGUUCGUACCCGCCACAGCCAUGUGGUCAAGAUGGUUUUGCAAACUCCAGGCAUGCGAAAGGAAACGGGAGCCCGUACGCUGCUGUUGAAGCGCUGUGUGGCCAAGGACAUGACAGCUCGUCCUGCGGGCAAGCUGGCGCGUGAUGUCAAAUCGUAUCAAAAUGAGGCCAUGUUUGUGCGAGACUUUGCGCAAAGGCUCGCCGAUGAAGCCCACAUUGCAGUGGCCCAUCCUUACUUUACGCACGUGGAGCCACACGACGAUCCUCUGCAAUCAAGAUUCAUGACCGUCGUCGAGUCGCUCGAAGAUUAUACCCAGCUCAACGACUACACCUUUGAGCAGGCUUGCGUUGCUUUGGGGACCAUUGCCAAAAUGCACGCCUACUUUCUCGCCCAUCCAUCCUUGUUGGCGACAGCUCAAGAACAUCUCUGGCCACAAGGCGGAUAUUGGGAUCUGGAAAAGCGAAAAUACGACCCGACGGAGAUUCCUCGUACUCCACAGACGUUUGGCAAUAUGAUUGCGCGUUUUGCCAGUGAUGAAGACCCAUUCUUUCGGUCGCCCGAGGUGCUCGCGUUGGGCCAGGCCUAUCGGGAUUUGGCACCAGUCAUCAACCAACGCCUGCGCGCGACGGGCGCCACAGUGCACACGGUCAUUCAUGGGGAUUUCAAGGCCGCCAACUGCUUCUUCCCGCGCAUCAGUGCUGGUUCUGUUGCAGAAAUGAAUCCCACAAGCGACGACCUGAGUGGUGGGAUGGCCCUGAUUGACUGGCAAUGGACCGGCAUGGGGCUCGGUGUGAUGGACGUCAUCUACAUGUUCGUGACGUGCUUGCGAGCACCCGUUCUUGAAAGGGAAGAAGAGCUGCUCGAAGUUUAUCGGCAGCAAUUCGAGAUGUUUUUGCACAAAUUCGGCGCCAACAUCAGCUACAGCCCCGAAGAGUGCCGUCACGACUACGACUUGGCCACUGCUGAUUACAUUCGCAUGCUGCUAGGCUAUGCCAUGCAAAACAUGUCACCCGAUGAGAUGGCGCGGAUUGCGAACGACAAAAGCCGGGGCAUUUAUGCGCGGGACAAGACCACCUUCAAAUGGGUUUUGCAAAAAGCCAUCUCAUUGCGGCACCAGCUGGAGACGGCCUAG